GAGACACCGAAUGCCGCUGCGCCGCGGCCGCGCUCUCUGAUCGUGAAACCAAAAUCGAGGAGGAGCGGCGAGAUCGUCUUCCCGGCGGCGGAGAUGACGGUUGGCCAUCUCGCCAACGACACCAUCCUCGGAGACCACGAUGGCACGUGGGAGACAAUAUUGAAAUAUUCUUCUGAAGCCGCAGUUGACACCUAUGAAGGAAUAGCUAUUAUCAUAGCAAGAGGAUGACGUACUGUUGAGCUUCAUCUUUCAUUUCUGCGACUCCAUGGACAAGCUGAUGAUAUUAAAAUCCAAUAUAGCAGCAUCAUUCGCCUUUUUGUUUUACCAAAGCCAAACAGUCCUCAUACUUUUGUGGUUCUCACUCUUGAUCCGCCAAUCCGUAAAGGCAGAACAUUCUGCCCUCACAUUGUCAUUCAGUUUAUGACGGAGGUAAUAGUCGAAACAGAUCUGAAUUUAAGCAGAGAUCUUCUGGCCGAAAGAUACAAAGAUAAGUUGGAGGAAUCUUACAGGGGUCCAAUACAUGAGGUAUUCACCAAAGUCCUUUGUGGCCUAUCUGGUGCCAAAGUGACAAGGCUGGGUUCUUACAGAACUUGCCAAGAUGGAUAUGCAGUUAAAACAUCUCUCAAAACUGAACAUGGACUGCUGUAUCCACUUGAAAAGGGUUUCUUCUUUCUGCCGGAGACCCAUAUGCUCAUUCUUUAUGAAGAGGUUGAGCUUGUUGGGUUUGGAAGUUAUCGUCGUGAGGGCGCCAGUAAAUCAUACCGUUAUUUGGACCUCCUUGUCAAGCGAAAAAAUGGCAAAGAGCAUAUCUUCAGAAAUAUUCAAAGGAGUGAAUACUUUAACCUUUCCAGAUUCAUCAAUGGAAAGCACUUGAAAAUAAUGAAUCUUGGGGACGAGCAAAGUGAUGAGGAUGAAGAUUUUGAUUUGUUUAAGGAUGGCGGAGGAUCUUGUACUGAUGAUUCUAGUGGGGACGAAUCAAAAGCUAGUGAAAGCGGGGGUGAAGAGGAGGAAGCCAGCAGGGACGCCGAAGGUUCAAAGAAAAGGAAGCGGAAGAAGAAAUAUGCGACGUACCAUUGGCGCAGCAUGAGCUGGCGAGGGUUUCGUGUCCGAUCUCCGAUGACGAGUCACACAGGCUCUAGUGCUCUGGGCACGAUGGAGAUAUGCUUUUUAGUCAGAGAAAGAAACCAAGAGCAGUUGAGAAGAGGAGGGAAAUUCAGUAUCAUGCUCAAAACUUACACAAUACGCGGAACUAGUACAACGAAGCAUUGAAAUUUUAUUUUUUGUACAACGAAGCAUAAGAUUGUUUCAGUUCUCGCAGAAGUAUGGUGUCUAAGUGAGAUUGGAUUAUGGAUGAACAGAAGUACGGAACAUCCUUAUUAUGGUACAGCUGCACUAUAAGAAAGGAGUUUCGUGAAAUCAAAAGUAUUUGCCAUGUAAA